AUGUUUUUGUGGGAGGGUGAUCAAGUUCUUGUGAUGUUCGCUUCUCUGAGAGUGGAGAACGAUUGGGCGGCUAGUGAUAUGUCGGUGGUGUGUAAAUUUCCUGAUGUUUUCCCUGAAGAUAUUUGUGACUUGCAUUCGAAACGUGAAAUUAAGUUUGCCAUAGAUUUAUUUUUGAAGGAGAAGAAUUUGUAUGUCAAGUUAUCCAAAUAUGAGUUCAGGUUGCAAGAAGUAAGUUUUCUUGGUCAUGUGAUUUCUGGUGGUGGGAUAGUGGUAGAUCCGUCCAAGGUAGACGUAGUGCUACAAUGGGAGGCUCCUAAGUCUGUUAUAGAGAUCAAAAGUUUUUUGGGGUUAGUUGGUUACUACAUAAUAUUUAUCGAAAUUGUUUUGAAGAUGGCUCUGCCCUUGACUCAGUUGACUCGAAAUGGUCAAGAUUUUGUGUGGGAUGUCCGGUGCGAAGAAAGCUUUCAAGAACUCAAGAAGAAGUUGACGAUGACGCCAAUUCUAAUUUUACCAAAUGUGAAGGAAGCCUUUGUGGUAUAUUGUGAUAUGUCCAAGAUGGGCUUAGGUGGUGUACUUAUGCAAUAUGGAAAAGUAGUAAAUUAUGCUUCGCGACAACUAAAAAAUCAUGAGAGGAAAUAUCCUACCCCUGAUUUAGAGUUGGCAGCAUUGGUGUUUGUGCUGAUAUUAUAG